GAGAGAUGGCCGCGGGUCCUGCCACCGCUGCCCUCCGCGCCCAAGCACGGCCAGCGAUCGCACAGUCUGGCCAAGCGUCCUCGGCGGUGGCCGCACCCUUCCUGCUGAUCGGCGGCGCCCAGGGUCCGGCCCCGGGUCUCGCGAGGCGGCGCGGUGGCAGCUGGAGAAGUUGGCCGAAGGGCGCGGUCUGCUCUCCGCCCGACCCCUCGGGCAGGGGAGCCGCGGCUCACUGCCGGGUGCGGCCGAGGCGGCGGCAGGUGGCAGGAGGGCGGGGACUAGAGUCGGGGCGCCGGCCGCGAGCGCGCUGGUUUUGUUGUUGUUGUGAAGAAGGUCCGGGUCCCUUUAAGCCGGAAAACGCAGGGCGGAAAUGCGUCACGGGCGGCUCGCCCGGCACGCGGCCCUCCAGGUCCUGUCGGCGCACCCCGCCGCCCGCCGUGGCUUGCUCCCGACACCUUGGGCCAAAUUUUGGGUGUCCCGGAAGCCACUUGGAUGCGUCGAGCCCGCCAGGGCAGACCAUUCCCUCCGCCCCGCUUCUCCAGAAGCACUUGGGCCUUAGCACUAGCACAUUCUGUUUUGACCACACCCCGAAGACUUGGGAAGUGUUGCUCCAUCGUUAGAGUUGUCGAAUGCUGAAUCAAACUUAUGCCCCAAAUUUCUUGUGUCGACUGUGUGCAAGGCACGGUACCUGGAUCUUUAGUGGAGGAGAGACUAUGGCCACCUAAAUUAAAUACCUGAAAAUGCUUUUGAUGCUGUUGAACUUGGCCACAAAAAAGCA